AAAAAAGGAAAAGUAAAAUAACAAGUUGUGAUCCUGCCUGGCACUUGAACUGCCUAACCUGCCCAACAGCUCGAACUGGAAGGAAUGUUCAACUUUUACAAUAGGUCUGAAGCCUUCGUUCCCCACGCAGCUAGACGAGGCCACUGCGUGUCUCCGGCGAUCUUCAAGCGAGUCAAGUGGCCUCGGGGGUUUGUGCGCGCGUCACGUGACAGCGCGGCGUUUACGUUGCCCGUCUGGCGGAUGCUCACUCGCUCGCUCGCUGAGACUAGUCAGCCUUCUGCAGCCACACAAAAGACACUAAGGGGGGCAAUGAGGGCAAAGAAAUAUGGUUGUUCGCAGCUGCUGUACUGUAAACAAAUUGUGGAUUAGAAGUUACGGUUUUGUCUUUUUUUGUUUUGAUGACAUUUGACCGGCGCUAGUAUUUUUUGCAAAACCCAGCAAUUAAUUAGAAAAAAGAUGGAUGGACCCUGUAAUUGGACAAGCAAGCGUUUAGCGACAACGACUUUACGGAGAGAGGGUCUCGUAGUAAGUACACCAUGAAAUGGUUUAGGUGAGCCGUUACUCCACCAGAGUAGGCUUCAGAAUGGAGAAGGAGGCCAGCCAACUGGAGAGAGACCAUGUCCACAAUGUGUAUGAAAAAAUUGCCCCAUAUUUCAAUGACAUUCGCUACAAAGCUUGGCCCAAAGUGCGUCAGUUUCUUCUUGACCAGGAACCAGGCAGUUUAAUUGCUGACAUUGGUUGUGGCAAUGGAAAGUACCUUCAUAUUAACAAGAAAAGCUUUACUAUAGGCAGCGACUGCUGUCUGCCACUGGUGGAUCUUGCCAGGAACCAUGGGCAUGAGGUGCAGAUAUGCAGUACCCUGAAAUUACCUUACCGUGAUGGUUGCUUUGACGCCAUCUUGUCAAUUGCAGUCAUUCAUCAUUUCUCAACAAAGGAACGGCGGAUCCGGGCACUGAAGGAAAUGGCAAGAACCCUUAGAGUGGGGGGUCGUAUAAUGAUAUAUGUGUGGGCAAUGGAACAAAAGAGAAGAAAAUUUGAAAAACAGGAUAUCUUUGUACCCUGGAAUCCAGAACCUCCAUCUCAGAAGGCAAGUCAGUAUAAACUGAGGAAAAGACCACAAAAUACUUUUGGCGCAGAUUGUUCCAGCAGCAGUGACAUCAGUCAGGCUUACAGGAAGACAAAAAGCACUUCUUCAGUGGGGAACGAGGAAGUACAUACACUUUACAGUUCCUUUGAAAAAUCUCUCAAAAUAUGGCUUUUUUCAAGGUCACUGGAUUCCAUUUUAGAAUUAGGGGGCAGUAGUAGCUCAGCCACCACUAAACGACUAAACCCAUUCAAAAAUGCAUGCCACCUAUUAAAUGAUACAAGCAGACUUGAACUUUUUAAAAGCAACAAAGCUAGCCAGCUAAUGGAACAAGUAUCUAAUCUGUUUGUUUUGAGACAAGACUCAGAUGAAGAUGUUUUUAGCAUAGAAGAAUUUCAGAAUCAUAGACAGUCAGAAAGCACACGUUCUCACCUGCCAAAAAAUGAUUUAGGAACAAAGGAAAAAAGUAAGUUGCCUCGUGGUGAAACAUGUGCUAAAAUAGCUUUGCCUGACCUUGUGCUACAUCCAGAUCCUUUGAUUAGGGAAGCAAAUGCCUGGAAUAACCCUGACUGUAACAUGUCAAUGUGUCCUGAUCCAAAAACUGGCUUACUUCGAGAUUUUGAAAAGUUGCUAAAAAUGGAAAGCCCUUCCCAUGAAGAAAGAGUCCAAGAUAAAAACACAAAAGAAACUAAAUCUGAAGCAUCUUUAUUUCGUUAUUAUCAUGUCUUUAAGGAAGGAGAGCUACAGGAUCUCAUUGACACAUAUGUAGAUGAGCUUCACGUCAUUCAAACAUAUUUUGAUCAUGCAAAUUGGUGUGUUGUUGCAGAAAAGAUUCAAGUUUGGAAAAUUUAAGCCAAUACUGUAACCAAUACAGGUGUUUUAUUUAAACAUAAUUUAAUCUAAUCUUAUUUUAGAAACAAAGUAAUAAUGUCUGUGUGUAAACUGCAGCUUAUUUGUUAGUGUUGUGAACAGGCGGGGGCAAUCUGAAGCAGACCCUGUAUCUAGAAAAGUAAUAGGAAGACAUUUAUUAACAAAGUAAAGCAGACAAGCAGCGAGCACAAUGCAAAAUAAAUGGAGCAAAACUGAAGUCUGUGCCCCCUGAGCCAUCCUAUGCUUUUUACGGCAAUCUAAGCAGGUAUACAAGAUACAUUUUUCAUCCUAAGCCCCCAGCCCAUACCAAAAAAAUGAGGAGGAUGAGGUCUAUAUAAUUUUAGAUCUAGGUGCUGCUCCAUCCUGAUAGGAAGGACCUCCAUGCCAUUCCUAAUCCUGCAGACACUCUUUCCAUAACUACAUAAUUUGUGAAUUUCCCCUUGGGAUUAAUAAAGUAUCUAUCUAAUCCAGGAGCUUUUGACUGAGCUUGAACUAUAGCAACAGCCUGGGGAGUUCAUGACAAUUUAUAGUCCAUUCCAACUAAGGAUCAAUUACUGUAUACUGUCUGGGAUGUGUGUCACCUUGCAGCUCUCACAGCCGCCUGGUUUGCCUUCUUGCUAUCUAUUAGAUUAUGUUUGCUGUACAGUGGACACCAGUCAUUAUAUUUGGUAUAUUGGCAGCACCAGCUCCUUUACAGUCCAGAAAGCUCUUAAUCAGUAAAAGCAAACACAAAAUACUUUCAGUGGUCAUUAUAUAAGAUGCAGCACAUCUUAGGCAUGUGAGAGUGGCAGGCAGUAAGACAAGUAACAAUGUGUAGCCUGUACAUUGUACUUGUCUUAGUAAAAGAUUAAAGGGAGACUGAAAGGGAAAUCACAGCCAUGUAUAGGUAGUAUACAAAGAGUCAUAGAACAGGCGGUGCAGAAAAGCAGUAUACUCUACUGUAGUAUAAAACUGUACAGAGAGAUGCAUUGACUGAUCUGUCAGCAAUCCGAAUGUAAUGAUGUUAUCCGAGUAUUCAAAGUAAUUUUAACUAGCAUAUUUUAAAUAGAUAUUUCAAAUGUGAAUCAAGUACAUCCACAUUAGACUGUUGUGAGCUAGCUAAUACCUAAGAAAUGUCCUGCACUUAGCAGAGCAAAACAGUAUUUAUUGUAAAAUGGCACAACCAUCUUCGUUAUCUCGUCUAUUAGUCCACAUUAUGUUUUAAAUGAAAAGGUUCAUGCAGCAGCAUAAUGGACGAUAGGGCCAAGCCUCAUUUUACAUAAGUAAAAUGAAGUUACCAUUAAUGGUUUGCACUGUGUAGAUCAAACUGAUGUGUCUUUAGAUAAACCAAAGAUACACCAAGCUUAAAAUACUGAAUUGUAUGUCUGUAAAAUGAAAGACUUAAAGGCCUUGUUUCAGUUAUCCAUGUGGAAGUGAAAAGUUGGGACAUAUCUGGUCCACUAUUCAUUUAAUCGGACAGACAGGCAGAUACCGUACUUCAAUAAUCCCAAACGAAUUUGCAAAACGUGCAGCACCACUCAUACAACACAAAAACAAGUUGCCUGGAUAACAUGCAAGAGACACCUCUUUAUUCUUCACACAGAUUUAGAUCAACAUCACAUCAACAGAAGGAGGGACACAUUAUAAAGUAUAAUGGUUGCUUGUAAGAUGACCUCUUAUAGCACUCCCUCUUUAGUCAGUGUUUUGUUGACAUUAAAUAUUAACAAACCUGAUUCUGAUGUCCACCAUGUUCGGGGAGAAAACUGUUUUAGAACCGAGAGUCUGAAGUUUGACGUGACACUAUGGCUGCAGUACAUGUGAUAGGUAAAACACCCAGGGGGAAGUACACCUUUUUAAUUGUAAAGUUAACGGAGGAUUGCACCAUACUCAAAAUAACUCCAUGUGUUCUAAAGCAAAAACAAACCUUGAGAACGAACAACUUGCAAUAUGCUAUGAUGUAGUGCCACGGCUUGUUAUCUCCAUUUUAAAUAUUUUGUCCAAGAAAAAAUAUUGCACUUUUUAAUGUUCCAUGUUGUGACACAGGAUUAAUGUCUCUGGUGAAAACCACGUCGAAAAAUGUACAAAUGAUAAAAUCCUAAAAUCACUGUGUAAGUCAUGUAAAAUGUAUUUUUAAUUUCAACAUUAACAAAUGUCAACAAAUAUAUACAUAUUUAUCUAAUUGCUAUUGCUCAGUAAGAGCAUAAGGUUACAUUCAGAUAAACAAUAAAGAUGAUGCUAGUAAUCAUUUUACUCAAUUGCUUAGGUGAUACAAAUCAAUAUUGCAUUCAGCACUGUUUCUAACCCAUGCUGCCCAGAACAGGAUCACAGGGUGUGCUGGAAUCUAUCCCAGCUAUCCCAACACACACACACUCACCCUAGUCACACAAUAGGGCUAAGUUUAGGAUCACUAAUCCACCUAAACUUCAUGUCUUUGGGAGGAAACCGGAGCAUCCAGAAGAAACCCACUCAGACACAGGGAUAACAUGCAAACUCCACAUAGGCAGGGCUCGGGAUGCAAACCCUGGUCUCCUUACUGCAAGGCAGCAGUGCAACCACUACGCCACCAUGUCGCUCUUAACGUUGUUUAGUGUUAGUAAAUUAUUGUGAGCUCUACGUAACUGCUGGACAUAAUUUUGAACCUCUACACAGACACAGCCUCGUGUAUCGUUAGUCAACACCUUAGCAUCAGUAACUGAACACCACAGACCAUGCUGCCCCUUAGAUACAAGUUUACUGAAUGCAGCCAGUAUCAUAAAUGUUUUUAUUUGGCAUUCAUGAAUGCCAUCAAAAGCAGAGGUAAGUUGUGUGGAAGGAGUUGCCUUCUGUGCUCACUUCACAGAUCUGCCAAAGAGCCCAUUGAGUGACUGCCAGCUAGUAGCAGAAUUGGCACUGCCAGCUGUAUUCUCAUUCAUUUUCAAGGUGCUCAGCCUGUUGCCACUCAUUUGAGAAAGGACACUGCUAUAAUAAAUCACAACUAAGCCUUCUUUGAAAAAAUGCAAAGAAUUGUUCUACUCAUUCUAUGAUGAGAAUCCUUCAAAUCCCUUUCCUGGUAUUAAAAUUAUUCAUUUUUUCAGAAGGUGCUUCACAGGAAUUGACUUCUUUCCCAAUAUUGAACUAUGCACUGCACAAUCAUUUUUACAUUAUCUAUUUACCGGGAAGAUGUUAUUUGUUAUUUAACAAGUGUUUCAGCAACAGAUUUAUAUUAAUUUCAACUUUAUGUGACAAAGCUUAAAUACUAUGUGCAGUUUGCACUUUUUUUUCUUAUUUUAGUAAUAUGGCCAAAAUUUGUCUUACUAAUGACUGGUCCAAAAAAGUGUGUAAAAACAAAUAAAAGAGCAAGCUAAUGUAGUUUAAUGUUACUUGUAAUACUCUUACCAUUCUACCAAAGAUCCACUGUUAGUUUAGUCACAAUUGCUAUAUCAAUAUCAUUCCAACUGAAUGCAGCUUUAGGCCUACUGACGGGCAGAUGAGCUGGAAAAGGGGACAUGUGAAUGGUAACCUGGACUGAGAAGAAUGUUAUACUGUGAUGACACUGCUUGACAGCUUAAAGUUGAUUUUAUAAACAGCCUGAGCCAAAGCCAUAACAUAUCACAUGCCACUAGUCAUUUGCCAAAGCACAGCACCUCCAUAUUGGGAACAUCACACCUCAGGGCUAAAGGGAGUUGGUGAGUGAAAAUAAAUUAAUUACAGGGAAAGAAUUCCUGCUCAAAAAUCUAGAAAGGCCAAACUACUCUACAACAGAAGUAUGGAGUUUGAAAUAUUUACAAAGGUGAUGGCUCUGCAGUUCAAUUUACAGCCUGAACUUUGUUAACUGUUCAUUUUUUAAAUCAUUUUUAUUUUGUAGAAACUAUUACUGUAUAUUUACAGUAUUUCCAGAAUAAAACAAUGUUCAUUUUUAAUCUAAUGGAAGAGGUUUAAUUAAACACAAAUUUGGAUCUCCAGUGCCAUCUAGCCACACAGAUUAUAUGAUUAUAGAGGACUAUAAUUUCAAAAUGUCUAUUUCAUAACAUCUGUGAAUCUGAAAACAACACUGUUGGCACCCCUGUAGAUUCAUGGAAGGGCGUUAAGUACUGCUGCUAGCGCAUCUGCUCGGUUUGUGAGGAUGUCAUUUUGGCAAGAGGUAGGUUAGCAUACAUAAUCGACUCACUCACACCUUGUGUGUUUAUCUCACUGGGAGUAUUCCUGUGAUGGACCCUCGCCCCACCCAAGGUCGAUUACUGCCCUGUGCUCAGUGAUAGAUGCCGCCUGUCUAAAUGUCACCUUCAUCUCGCAGGCCUUUAUUUAGUAGUAUAUGGUGUGCAUCAACAAUCAGUAAGGAUUCCCAUAUAUUUGAUGACUGAGACCAUUACUGUGCAUUUCACUUCCACGCUUGCCUAAUAGCGCUUUGAAAAUGCUCAUCUUAUUUCAUCUUUAAACUACAAGGGCAGAUUGGAACAUUUACAGAACAUACCUGUCAUUCUGUAGCUGAGGGCGGUUUUGUGUUGGCGACCUUCAACUUUGAAAGUGCUUUCCUUCGCACUGUACCUUUUACAGUGCUCCAAAGAUUUCACACAACUGUGACUUUUUUGAUCUUGUGUUUAAAGCAGUGCCUUUAAGUUUUUUAGCUCUCCCUCAAAUUAAAGUUACCUUCCUUUUCAUCUUUUCAACACUUCCACCACCCGAAUGCCAUUGUCAGGCUCAUUGUCUCUUGUUAUUCCACAAACUUCUUAAUGCAUUUCAAACAUCCCUCGAGUGUUUUGGUCAAAAUUCAUUCGCACAUUUCUGACAUAGUUGAAGAAAUUUCAUUGUCAAAAUUGGAGUUGGGUGUGACCACUCAGAGUCUUAACAGACAAGGGUCCUCCUAGAGACUUGCUGGCACAAGGCCUUCCCCUUGACUCCUGCACACAAGUUCAGCCAGUCUCUCAUUGAACUCUCACCCUAGGUUCUAUUACCUUGUCACAACUUGUGGAUUUAUUAACAGUUAUCAGUUGUCACCUGGUAAAACAUGAAAAAGUGUUAAAUAACAUUUAAAAAAAUAAAUAAAAUCACCAGGUCUGAGGGGGCCACAAUGGCCAAGGCUCCUGACGGACUACCUUGUUAUGCUUUACCAUCUUGAAAGUGUUUUUUGUUGUUUGAUAUGCUUGGGGGCGGCACGGUGGUAGCGCUGCUGCCUCGCAGUUAGGGGAACCGGGUUCGCUUCCCGGGUCCACCCUGCGUGGAGUUUGCAUGUUCUCCCCGUGUCUGCGUGGGUUUCCUCCGGGCGCUCCGGUUUCCUCCCACGGUCCAAAGACAUGCAGGUUAGGUGGAUUGGCGAUUCUAAAUUGGCCCUAGUGUGUGCUGUAUGUGUGUGUCCUGCGGUGGGUUGGCACCCUGCCCGGGAUUGGUUCCCUGCCUUGUGCCCUGUGUUGGCUGGGAUUGGCUCCAGCAGACCCCCCGUGACCCUGUGUUCGGAUUCAGCGGGUUGGAAAAUGGAUGGAUGGAUGAUAUGCUUGGUGAAAAUUGCACAUUUUUAACAGUCCUUUUCUCGUUUUAAAAUUGAUCUGGACAUUACUGUGCACAUUCAGUCAAGUGUUAGGAGAAUAUGGAAACGCAGUAAAAGUUAACAUACUGUACAGGAUUAGAAUAUGACAGCAGCCAAAUGUGAGUAAACACAUAGAACUCUAUGUUUGUAUACUAAACUAUAUACGCAAAAUGACCGAGUAUGCAUGUGUUGAUGUGUAAUUGUGCAUUUCCUCAAUGAGGUCUUCACACUGCCUACAUACACUGUUACUUGCAUAUUCCUAUUCAAAGUCUGCCUGGUCAAAGGUACGAGUUAAAUUUACCGCAUAAGCUUUGUGGAAUCCGAUGUCACUCGUCAUGCACUGACCAUUGAGCUAAUCAAUGAAUCUGAAAUACCAGUAUUGAUCAAAGACUAAGGGGCAGGAUUGUACUUAAACAAAUCGCUUCAUUCAUCCAUCCAUCCAUUUUAUUCAACUUCUCAGUCACUUGAUUGAUUUUAUUUCUGCAUAGUUUUAUGUAAAUUACCAUGUUUUGCUCCUUGGGAUAAUUUAUGAAUAUUCAUGAAGACUUCAGUUCAGUGGAGGCAACCAUCUUAUGUGUGAUCCAUACAUUUAACACAUUGCCUCAAGUGGACAAAACCUUAGAAGCACUGAUUUUAGCCAUUUAAAUCAAUGAAACUGUAUUCAAUACUUGAACUUUAUAUGCUGCAUUUAAAAGGUGGCUUUAACAAGUUAGUCACCACUCCUUAAUCCAGUAUGAGAUUACCGCUGCCUUUGACUACAUUGAAGCAGACGUAACUACAAGGAUGCUUGCUUGUGGCCUUGGACCACAGCAGACUGAGGAAUUGCAGAACCCCAUCCUGGUUCAGUAAAAUGUUAAGUUUGUUGUUAAAAGUCGCAACAGCCUUGGGUGCUCCUGGGGUACGCAUGUGUGCCACUCGUGUCAUGCAGUUUACAAUAUGCCUAUUACAGAUUAUUUUUAACUAUAGUUUUAUCGUCUCCAUUCCUAAAUAGUGGACACAAGUUGAACUGUUUCUCUGGAACUGAUGUGCUGACAUCUCCCAUCUUAUUUCUUUUAUCGGUUAUUGAUAACUUCCUCUCAAUCCUUAAUUGCCCGACAUAUUCAAAGGUUGACUUGUAGGUUCCCUUUUUUUCCUUUUUAAUUACAAAUUGAAUGCUGCUGGAUCAUAACAUUUCAAAACUUGAAUAAAUUAUUUAAAUAUGUCCUUUUUGGGGGAAGAGUGAUUUGUACUAAGAGAUGUGUGUUGGAAUGGGGACUGUGAAUAUUUGUAUGAUGUGCAUUUUACGUUGGUUAUCUCAGCUUGUGACUUUAGAAAACUGAAUAUUUUUAUCAUUUUUAUAACCAUUGUGUGAAGUUUUAUGUGUCAGAUUUUAAAAAUGUCACGCAUUCUUGUGUUGUUGCUAAAUUUCCAAAGUAUCAAUGAUGUUUUUUCACAAAAAUAAAUGUAUGUUAAAAUUU